GUCAGCUUUUGGCUUCUGUAAAAGUCUGGAUUAUAUUUCUUCUGCGUCUUCUUAUGGUACAUUGUCUAUUCCUCUGAAUGGAGACACAGAUGUCUCUAAGAGCUGCAGCAGCUUACAGUUCAGAGCAAUGAGCAUCAGCAUCGACAAUAGGAACAGCUGUAAUGAGGAGAGGGUGGGGGUGUAAUUCGGGAAGAUUCUGCAGGAAUCUUACGAGUGGACCCCGUUUCAUUCGUUUAUUGUGGGGACUGAAUCACAGAGCUAGGUGGUUAGCCUUCCCUGUCAAAGCCUAAACCUACACUCUGUGGUGGGCAUUUAAGGCUUUUAUGGUGAGUUUUCGAGCCGUCACUCCAGUUAAGCAUGCCUGCUUGUCACCAUUAAAAUCCAUUGAAAUUUUUAUGUCUCUGGUUGUGUCUGACUGACUUGACGCUGCAUGCUAAUACUCAUUUUUCUUUUCUUUCGAUUUGCUAAGCUACCUAACCAGCUAACCGUCAGCCUGCUUCACUACAUAUGUUAAUAUACGCGGAGUUAUGCUGCACAUCAUUAUUACUGAAUAUUGACUGUCAUGACAGUUUACUCACAUUAAAGGUCACGAGUGUUUACUGUCGCAUUAUGCUUUUUUCGGUCGCAGCUACCUCACCUAGCUUAAUAGGAAAACAACUCAUUUAGCUGCAUUAUGUUAGCAUCUCUGCUGUUUGUUAGCGUGAGCUCGGUAAAGGCUGGCUAGUGACAAAACGGUGAAACUCACUCACAGACCCGGGCUAUUAACCUGUGGUUUUCGCUCACUUUAAGGCUUAAAUAGUCUUUAAAUAUUAUGCAUUCAAUGACCAGGCAAACACAGAUUGUAGUAAACACAUCCCCUCUAGCAGACAUUCAAUCGUUAGCGAGUUAUAACCAUUUGUUUCAGUAAUGUGUCAGUGUUCAUAUUCUGUAACACAAGCUAACUUGAAGCUAACCACUAUUAGCCUGCGUUGUUGUCCUCUCAAUCAGUGUCGGUAUGUCUUUGUGUUGUGCUCUCUAUGAACCUCUCUGUCAGCACAGCGCACUUAAUUACCCGGUUUGUCAAGUGAAGUACAGGUUAAACUCCGAUAACAAUGACUGCUUCACUAUCCCCCUGUGGAAGCGAUCGCACCCUUUCAUUGGACCUUACCUAUCUCAAGUAUGCUUAGUUAAAAAAUAAAUAAAUAAAUCAGAAAUUUUAUCUCUGUAUUUGGUUUUUCUGACCUGCUGUCAUUAACUGACCAUGGGUACUAUGUUAAAUGUAAAAUAAGCCUAAGACGAAAAUGUCUACUAUUACAGAUCCAAUGACUGGAAUGGACUGAUAGCAUCGCCUCACUGCAAAGAUGUCAAGUAAGGAGAUGAGAUUUUUUUUUUUUUUUUUUAGCUAAUUGUAAUGAUAACACACCAGGCCUGCUGAUUUACAUGGACACAGCUAUUGUAAGCAAAACUUGUAUUACAAGUUGUAGAGUAUUACAUUUAAGAAUUAUCAAGUUUUUUUAAUUUUUUUUUAAUUUUUUUUUAAAAAUCUAACAACAGUGUCAAGUAGUUACGGUUGUCUGUCUGGGAGAUUUUUGAUGUCUAUUAAAUUAUUGGGCCUACAAUAACUAAAACCUUUUCUUUCACAACAGAGAGACCCUCCUAUGCCCCUCCCCCUCCCCCUGCCCCCACAACUGUAAGUAUUCAUAUAAAUGUAAUAUCUACAUAGGUCCAAACGUGACAUACUUCCAUACAUUUUCUUGACUUUCUCUUCCCCUGAUAAUGAUUUACCUUGAACCCUCUGAUUAAGACCAGAGUUCAGUUGUGGCCUGGCCCUUUAUUAAUUUAUGAAGGGCAAGAUCACUUCUUUUAUCAGAGAGACAUUGCCAGCUUCCAGUUGUAAACCAAAGGACCUUCAUGUUUCUUGCAUGAAGGACAAAGUUGCGUUCGCAAGUAUCAUGCACUCGCCAGCGGUGUUGUAUUCAAGUCGUGCCAGUGCAGGAGAAAACGUGCUGCCAAAGUAGAAGGGAAGUGAAAAUCUUGUGGCAACAGUGUCCUAUUAUGGGCUCUCAUCUGUCUUUAUGAGUUUAUGUAUGAACAUUAUCUUAUUAAACUCUAAACUCUAGAUGCAUGUUCAGCUUGUGAAGGGACAAGCUGAACAUGCUGGACUGUCCCUGUCAUAUUAGACAGCUGUUACCAUUUGUGUUAACAGAGAUUUUCGACUGUGCUUCAUUUAAAAACUAAUAGACAUUAUAUAGAGCAACAUUAGGCUUUAUUAUCAAUUAUCCCAUUUCCUUCACAUCCGCACACACAUCUACAUUCAGUUGCAAAAGUUUAUUUAUUGGUAAUUCGACACAGAGCUCCCUCACAUCUUGGUUACAGCAUAUAAGCAUGGUGAAGUUCAGACAUGGUGACAUAUUGUAGAAGAAUGUAUUUAUAAUUGAAGGAUAAAACAGUAAUUGAUAUUCACAGUACUUUCAGUUGUUUUCUUGACAGCUCAACGUAUUUAUCUGCUUAUCCUGAAAUAACAAGGACAGUUUUCCCAUGAUAAUGAGUGCUCCAUAUAAUAAUAAGACAAGAUGAGAAGAACUUUAUUGAUCCCUGAAGGAAAAUUCAAUGUUGAUUCAUUGAAUUAAUGUCAGAUGAUCUUAACUUGUACUCCACAGAGUUGGGUACAAGUUAAAAUCACUAUCAUUAAAAUGGUGACACCUUAUUUACCUCAGUAUAAGCAAGAUGCCAUGUCAUGUGGUCAUUGCUUACCACUGUGGCCACCAGUUUCCUAGAUCCCCAUAAAAUGAACAUGCUAGACAAUUACACAAACCAAGUGAUUAAGAUUUGUGAAAAAUAUAGUAAGUAUAGUAACUGCACUCUGACCCUGGAUUGAUUGAACUCAGCUUCAAAACAUCAACAAACUGAAACAACUCACUAUCAAAAAGGAAAACUGAGUGAUGAAAUAUGUGGAUGCACCAAAUAUUGUCUGUAUAUCUAAGCUAAGCUACUGUUGCUAUUGCCUGAGUGCCUCUUAGUACUUUUGUGAUCUACAAAGCAGUAGUUUUCAAAGAGACCAGCUUUUUGUUUGAUCCACCUCUGCUUCAGUUAGGUUAAUGUUUUAAAUGCCUCAGCAUGCAAUGCAAGUUUCUUAAUUUUGCAUUUUCCCUGCUCCCUUCAUUGGUCCUUUAAGUUUUAUUUUGGCUUCCCCUCCUCUUCUUUUAUGUCAUUUCUCAUUCAUAUUUCUGUCUCAUUUGUUUCAUCAGCAAAUGCCCAACACAACCGGGUUUGUGGGGUACAACCCUUACAGCCACCUGGCCUACAACAACUACAGACUGGGAGGAAGCCAAAGCAGCAACAGUCGGGUAACGGUAUGGAUAUUAACCUAGAGAAAAUUAUGUGAUCGAAAAUGUAGCAUAGAGCCAAUUGGCAGGGGUGUAACAAUUAACUGGGAAUGACCAAUAUUUAUCCAUUCAGUUAACACAUUAACUUUUCACUGAAUGAAGAAUGAAUUUAUCAUCUUUAAGACUGGCCUUCAUUUUCAAGUCAAAAGGCAAACCUGUGUCAUUGUUUACAUCGGAGCACCAGGUAGACAAAGAUAGACAGCCAAGAAGCCCUACAUGAAGGGUUCAAGCAUUUACUGUCUUCUCUGCAAUAAAUUGUGAAAGUGACAAUAUUCAGAUAUUGUAGAAAAGGUUGGUCAGUGGACACAUAAAUACCAACUAUGCCUUCACAACAUCUACCACUCAAGAAACAGUCUGAUUUACACCCCUACAAAUUGGAGAAACUAAAACCUGGAACAGUUUAUUUCCAGUUUGACACAAGAAACUUAGCUGGCACUGCAAGAGCCUUUUUUUUUAGUAUUUGGAGCUUUUCCAAGAUUGACCUUUGCUUAGUUUGUGGCAAAUGAGGUGAGAUGUAGUUUGCAUUUCUACAGUUUGGAGAGAAUGUGCUGCAAAACAGUCAGCAUGAGAAGCAAAAUUCAUUUCAUUCCUGAAAGUGAAUGAAUUCCUGACUUGAAAAUGAAUCUUAAAUAUCCCUCUGCUGCCUCCAUCACAGUACAGACUGGCUAAGAGUCCAUCUGUGAAUUCAAAUACCACCUGCCUUCCUAAGUCUGCAUUUCUGACAGCCAUGUUAAGUAACCCAUGCCAUCAGUGUUGCCAUGGCAUUACAGACUCGCUGCUCGGCAUGGCUCUGGCUGCUGAGCAGUGAUUUAGUCGCUGCAUGCAAGCUGUGGUUGGCUGACUCUGAUAAUGGCAUUAUGGGCAAAUCUCGGCUUAAGUGAGAUUUUUGCUUUUUUUUUUCACAGCCUGUACUCUGUACUCUGUGGGGUUCUUGACUUGUGUAUGGCUUCAAACCGACAUUAAUUAAAUCAAGUUAAUAGAAGUGAUAAGAAAGGACUUUGAUGCAUAUUUUACUUAAUUCCAAGUCAGUUUUGUGUCAAACUCCACAACCAAUCGCUGCAUGCAAUUUCACUAACUGUACCAGCUUGGUGAGUUUUAGCAGAUCAGUAAAACACCAUGCCCUAAAGUUUUUCUUUCUUUCUGUCCUUUCUUUUUAUUUUUUGACAAGAAUUCUUCUGGAAUAAAUAUCCCAAAGCCACCCAAGCCACCUGACAAGCCACUGAUGCCAUACAUGAGAUAUAGUCGUAAGGUAAGUACGUAGUAUUUAACUACUUCCUUUCACAUCAUCAUGUGCUCUGUUGGAAGACAGGGAUGCUUUACUCUUCAGAUAUUCAGUCGCUCAGAUUAAGUUAGAUGACUUUUUGGUUCAGACACUUAUAGUUGUCCAUACGGUAGGUGUGAAGGCUAAGCAAGCAAAGACUUAGGUAGGACUGUCCACAUCAAAUAGUGGGAUUUAUUUACUCGGAGAUGGAGCGUAAAGAACACGGCCUCCUCUGGUUUGUGACCUCUCUGCAAAGAGAUAACCGCAUAUAGCCCCUCCAACCCAACCCAACCCCACACCCAUGUCUGGUUCUCAUCACCAGGUUUGGGAUCAAGUAAAAGCCUCCAAUCCUGAUCUGAAGCUAUGGGAAAUUGGGAAGAUAAUCGGUGGCAUGUGGAGGGACCUCACUGAUGAGGAGAAACAGGAUUAUUUGAAUGACUACGAAGCAGAGAAGGUUGGUUGUUUUACAAGGGGGUGUUUAUGGGGUUUUACUCAUGGGUGACCAGUAGAUGUAUCCCCAACAGUUGUGGGUCCCUCCAGUCAUCAUUCCUUCCUCUUCUAACUGUCCUGGAUAAAUCUUAUGCUGUCCUAGUUGCUUGGAACGAGGGUCCACUUGUGUCUGCUUUCCCUUUCUGUUUCCUCGUCAUUUCUGUCAUCUUCUCCACCGUAGAUUGAGUAUAAUGAGAGCAUGAAGGCCUAUCACAAUUCGCCAGCCUACCUGGCCUAUGUGAAUGCAAAGAGCAGAGCAGAAGCCGCUCUGGAAGAAGAGAGCCGUCAAAGGCAGUCCAGACUGGACAAGGGCGAGCCUUACAUGAGCAUUCAGCCAGCGGAGGAUCCAGAUGGUAAGGCCACUCGGCUAAAUGCUUUGUCUCCCAAGGUUUAGAGCACUGUGACAGAGCUGUAAUUACUGCAGCACGACCACACAGAGUUGCCAGUCCGCACACUGAGAGACUGCUAUCUUUGUUCCACCUCCUCCACUGCUACAACCAUCCACAUGUUUGGUAAUGCCACCUCUGAAAAGCAAUUUCUGCUUUUAAGUCUCACAAUGGAAAAAAAAAUUAACCUUGCUUUUGCCAAACUGUUUACAUUUCGUAGGUAUUCUUGGCAUUGGUUGGGACAUAAUUGCGAAAUUUACAUUCUUUUCCCUGUUGUUUUAAAGACUGACGCACACACACAAGUUAGACACACAACUGAGAAGAAUACGUUUGAGUUACACCCACCUCAAGGAAAUGAUGCUUGUCUGGGCUCUGGCUGGGUUACAGUGGAAGAUAAUGAUGUACAGGAAAACUACAGAUAAAACCAAUUCCUAUUUAGAAACACCCCAGUCUAUGAAAAUGUCAGAGCUGUUAUCCCAGUAGGUUAUGUUGUCAACAGACCGCACGUACGUCAGUGAUUAAAUAAGAUUUAGCUCUCUGGGCGGCUGCAUAUUCAGAGUCUGUUGUAAUGAAUACGGUCUUAAAGAGACUAAGCUGCUGCCAUAAACCAGUUUCUGUUGUUAACAGCACUAAAACAGCUCACAGAGUUUAAGUGCUGGCAAGCGCACUUGAACUAGUAAAAUGCAAACAAGGUCCAUCUUGCUUUAAAAAAAAAAAAAGGAUAUCUGAAGGUAGACACUUGAACAGAAGAAACAAAACUUGCCAUGAGUGUUUAGAUGUGGAUAAAUGUGAUGAAAUCUGAAAAUAUUUGAAGAACGCUGAAAAUUUGUAAUGCAAAUAGCCUGAAAAUUUAUGCAGGACAGAUUUUUGCUUCAAGAUAACAUUGCAAAAUAUAACGUGACAAUGUACGAUAUCGCACACUGCCGAUAGAAAAAAAACAAAGACCUUUCUUUACUGUUUUCUGUUGUGACGUCAAACCACUGAGAAAAACAGGCACCUUUGAAACUUAAGGAUGGCAGAUGAGUCAUAACUGCUGUCUGGAAACUUUCAAGGCACUAGUACCUAUAGGCGUACAGGGGUACCUACAUGUGAUAGGCACUUUUAACUCAUUGCAUAACAAAAAAGUCCUGCAAAAAGAGGUUAAAAAAAUGUGACUUGUUUAGGACGAGUCAGGUGGUGAUGCUGAUGAGAAAUAUAGAAGAACCAUUUAUCCUGAAACAUUCAUGUAGUUUCCACUGAUAAUGUUAAUUAAUCCGGAUCUGGAUCUGCAAACUCAGCUCAAUAAUAAAACUUGCACAAACUUAUACUAAUCAAUGCAUUUAACUACCCAUUGGAUAAGGUAUCGAUCUCUUCCAAUUAAACGUGGUCACCCUCACUAGUCUGCACCAGAACUAUUGAUUGGUAAAACAAAAUAUUAGUUAUAUGACUGUAGGCCUGAAAUGCUGGCCAUUGUGAUAUAAUGUCCUACUCUAGAUGUUCACAGCCUCAGAUGACAGACACACAGCACAGCUUUGCAGUAUUUUAUAUAGAAAAAACAGAUUAAGUGUGAAGGCUGUGUCUGGUCGACCUGACUUGAACAACUCUAAGCACAGACAUAUAGACGUUAACAUGCAAGGUAGAAGGAUGGCUUGUGACUCCUGCUCCACUUAUGUCAACCACACUCAGCAGACCAGUUUGACACCGUUUACCUUCACACUCUGUGGUCCCAUGUUUAUCUCUUUAAUUUAACUGUGUUCAAUGACAGCUUUUUUCUCUGAGUUUUUCUUGCUUUUAGCUGUUUUUGAAUAUCCCUUCUUUCUGCUCCAUCAUUCUUUACAUGAAUUUCUUUAAAAGCUGUUAUUGGCAGAGGUUUUAUUGAAGAGCUUUUUAAGGGUGUUUUUUAGAGAAACAAAAAACAUAAAACAAAAAACUCUUUGCAUACAAUUCUGUCAAAGACUUUAAUUCAGCUGAGAUUUUUCAAACUGGACUAUGUUUUGAAGCUGCAUACAUACACUGUACAGUUUAUACAUCUUAAAUCUGGGCCAAGAUGCAGCAUAGCAAACAAAUUCAAAUAUAAAUGAACCAAAUGCUGGUCCUCAAAUUCAGGCCAAUCCGGUGCUUUAGUCACUAGAUUUACUUCUGUAUAUUUCUCAAAACCCUCUCAAAAUUACAUUUAAUAAAACAACCUAUCUAAAUCCAUCUGGACAUGAUUCUCAAUCACCACAGAGCAUGGAAAGAGGGACUUGAGAUUAUUAUUGUCUUUAAAACAUAUAGAUUAACUGUAUUUGGAUUUUACCUCCCUGCACCAUUAUCCUGUAUUUAAAUGGCAAAAGAGGUAUACAUUUAAGACAAAGAUAAACAUUUGCUGACGGAUGAAAAUUGCAGACCACAUCUGUCCACACACAGUGGGUUAUAAUUAACUGCUUGUCCAAUUCACCUAACAAUAACGGCCCUGCUUUGCCUUUGGAUGUAUUUCCACAUAAUGGCCUGUAAUUAACUCUAACUCAGUAUAAAUAUUGAGCAGUAUCCUCCGUGUGUUUAGAGUGUUUUGAUACAGCAGUGUUUGCAUCAUUAUGUCAUGUCGUAUUUUUGCUGUAGUCACAUAUGGUAACACAUCUCUACCCUUUGACAGGUGUUUAAACAUUUAUUUCCGAAAACAAUCUGAUGUUUUCUUUUUCUUGUCUUCAGAUUAUGACGACGGCUUUUCUAUAAAGCAUUCAGCUGCAUCUCGUUUCCAACGAAACCACCGCCUGAUCAGCGAAAUCCUCAGCGAAAGUGUGGUACCAGAUGUACGGUCAGUUGUUACCACUGCUCGCAUGCAGGUCCUCAAACGUCAGGUCCAGUCUCUCAUGGUGCACCAGGUGGGUCAAAGCUCCCAGUCUUCACAUCACGCUUGAAUCAAGCGAACAGACAGAUUGUUUUUAUGGGUUGCAGUGUAAUAGCUGUGGUGCCUGUUUGUCUUGUGUCACAGAGAAAGUUGGAGGCCGAGUUGCUUCAGAUUGAAGACCGCCACCAGGACAAGAAAAGAAAAUUCAUAGAAGCCACAGAAUCAUUUACAAAUGAGCUCAAAAGGGUAUGGCAUCUUUUGCACGGGGCUUGGUCAUCACUUACUCGCACGCAAGCUUCAUUUUGCAUGUUUAACCUAACAGUGUGCAGCUCUGGUUGUGUGCCAGUCUGUGUCUGCCUUACAGCCACCAGCUGCUGCUAACUCCAUCCACAUGUGCUGGCAAUCAUAUAUCUGUCAUCGUUUACAAUUUGUAGCCCCCAUAAUAACUGUUGUUUAGAAAUGAGAAGCAGCACCGUUCAGCUGAGUGCACUGCCUACAGCUCACAACAGGUGGCACCAUUCAACCUUAACAAAGCUUUGUACAUUAUUCUGCCUCUGAGAAGUCAAGACUGAACAUGACCUGAGGCAUUGUUGUUAAGAACACAAGUAUGCACUCAUUCACUGACAUUAUCAAGCCUUUUUUAUGUAACUUGUUGCUUUGAGUCAAACUUGCACAUGCAUGUCCACUCAUCAUUACUCUUUAUCAGAAAGAGGAUAAAGGAGUGCAUCAGUUGUUUUACACCCUUUCUAAUCAUCAAUUGCUGUGCUUGAAGCUUUGCUGUAUGAAGGUUGAAGUGGACAUGGAGAAGAUUUCUGCAGAGAUUGCUGCAGCAGAAGAGGCCGCCCGCAAACGGAUGGCAGAGAGAGAGAAAGAUGCAGGAGAACAAGGUGUAAGGGAUGCCCCAACUUGUGUCCUAGCAGAGGAAGACAAACACAUUUGUGCUACACAUGGCAAAAAGUCCCAGCAAAAUCCUUCUGGUGAGAGUAACAAGGACGGCGAGGACACAGAGUCCAACCCCACUGAUACACCAGGUGAGGCUCCUGUUCAGGGCCAAUCAAACCUGUGUUCAGUUUUCAUAAUUCUUUGUUUUACGAUGUUAGCACAGCUGUUGUUGAAAUCAAACGACAGCCCCACAGGUUUUUCAAUCUAUUAACGUUUCGGUAGAAUCUGCAAUAGCUUAUGUUUUGCAGUUGAGUUUUUUCUUACUCUGUCACCAAUUAACAAUAAAGCAGGAAUUUAUUAAUUUUAACCACAUAUCAUUUUAUAUAUCAUUGAUUCAGAAAAGCCAAAGGCCUCAGAGGACCUCGAGGCUCAUCCAGGAAGUGAGGAGGGGGCAUCGGAAGACAAGGAGAGUGUUCCAGAGGGAGCCAUGGAGGAGGGCACCAGCGACAGUAACACGGGCUCUGAGACCACCUCUGCUCAGACAGAAGAUGCUCCGACUAGUGAGCCAUCAGAGGGGCCAAGCAAAGCCAGAGCAGCGCACUAAGUCCAGCACCUGACUAUCAACUUUCAGGCUGAUAUCAUCCUCUGUCUACAUGAACUGCACAGUAUCAUCUCAAAGUAUAUGAAGAGCAUCAGAUGGGCACAGGUUUAGAGCGUCAAAGUUUGAAGACACAAAGAAAUGCCCUUAAUAUGAAUAAAUGAAAAAUGUAAAGCACUUGAAUGAAGAAGCAAUGGUCCUGUCUAAAAUCAAUGGCUGCUUCAUGAGCCACUAGAGCCCAUGUGAAAAGCACUAUAUUUUCUUCACAGGCCUCAUUGCCAUUUAGUAGUACUCACACAGGCCCUCCUCAGCACAUAUCGAUACAUAUCUCUCGCACUAUGUCUGGCAGAUCCCAGAUCAGCGCAACUUAAAACUAUACAGUUCUAUGAGAAAGAAGCUGUCACACGACACAAACAUUGUUCAGUGUUAUAUUUAAAAUUGUCUUUUGUAUUGUAGUGUCAUUAUUGCUUUUACGGCUAUGUUUGCAUGUUGUAAUUUUUUCAAAGGCAUAUUUGUGAAGAGCGGAGCAGGAGGAGAAUAUUUGUUUACUCUCUGUAUCAGUAUUACAGUGACAGUAUUGUCUCAGGAGUUUGUAGUCAUUAGUGGUAGUUAUUUUUGUUAUUUAUUCUUAGCAUUUUUAUGAUACCUGUGUAUUGGUUGUCCUGGGCCCAGCCCCGGUCCAUCCAUGAGUAAAUCACAUGAUCAUCGAUGCUGUACAAUGCUCAACUACCAGUGUUCUGAAGUUUGCUAGCUGUCAAUCAAAUCAAAAGCAGUAUGCUGAGAACAUAUCUGUGUUAUGAUCAAUACUGCAAUUUUUCCAGCAGAGAACUUUUAAAUGUACCGUAACUGUAUACACGGUGUAAUGAGGUUUGCUUUAAACAUGGAUUUUUAUGUCGUACAAAACAGCUUGAACAACAGUCAUAAAGCAUGCAGUCUUAAAAUGAAUUUCCUUUUGCAUAUUUAUACCAAUAAACUUUUCUACCCUGAGAGUUUUCAGUCAAAUGCUUUCCACUUUAUGGUCAUGGUAACUAUAUUCCUGUGUUGAAGAAAGAUAAAAGGCUCAUUUUCAGAUUUAUCUAUUUAUAUAUAUAUGUAUGUGUGUGUGUGUCCUCGAAACAAAGAUUUACUCAAGCAGUCAUAAUGUAUUCUAAAAAAAAAAAGACAAAAAAAAAAAAAAGACUUCCUAUCUUUGCUCUGUACAGCCAGCUGCAUGAAGCAUAUUUGUCCUUUGUACACUUCAGGUAAGGGAAGUGGGUACAAUGAGAUGGAAUUAUUCUGAUUUCCUGUUUUCGGUGCAGAGCUCACAGUCCUCCUGAGGAUACAUAUGUGCAUGUGACAACAUCCAGUAGAACUGCCUGAAUUAAUGACUGACUUUCACCUGAAAAGAGAUUUAAUCUUUACUAGUGUACAUUACGUCUCUCAUGAUCAAGUGUUAAGAUAAGACAGUGUUUUAGUUUGAUUCUGAAAAGUGUCCCCUGCACUGCUGCAUGCCAUGUUUUGCACAGUGUGGUUAGCGCUGCACCAAGUGAAAGCUACAAACCACAACCGCAGAGAGAUACAGGUGUGCAGAAGUCUGUGCAGAUCUCAACACGAGGUGGUUAUGUAUUUUUUUCAUGGACUCAUCUGCUGUCCAAUUCAACGAGGAUACAAAAUUAAGUUUGACAAGAAGUACAACUUAAUAACAUUUAAAAGCACCUGGAAGAUAAAAGUUUUACUUAGAACACUAAAUUCUAGUUUAUCAAAGUUUCCUUGCGUGAUUGAUCAUCAACAGGUGGUUGACGUGUCAAAAAAAGAAAAGGGCAUUCAAGUAACUGGUACAUUUUAUACAACCACAGAUAAGUGUUUACAGUUCUAAGUGUAUGUGUAUGAACAUUUAUCAACUUUUCAUGAUUUCUACCAAUAUUAUCAUCUUAACUGUUUGUACAGACAAUUCUGCUGCCCCUGCUUUGC